AUGUUAUGGUGCUUUGUUUUGGCAAUAAUACUCUACUGUUACUUCUUUAAAACAAAAAAACAAAAAACUUGUUCUGCUCCUUACUUUUGUUCUCCAGCUACAACAUGUGAUCAAACUUACAUCAUGACAUGCCACAUUCACCUCCAUCUACAUGGCAUCAUAAUUAAUUUGUCUCAUUUUGUUGUAUGUGUGUGUUUUUAUUUUUCUUCUUUAAAUCAAGAGAUUAAGAGCAUGCUACUUUUCUUUGCGAAUCACCAUGAUCAAGAAAUUCGGAGGAAGCUACUCCUGAACUUGAUGCUUUCUGAUGUGCCUGGUAUUUCGGAAGAAGAGAAAAGCAAAUUGUUACACUGUGCUGUUGUAGGAGGUGCCACAGGAGUUGAAUUCAGUGGUGAACUUAGUCAUUUUAUCAUGAGAGACGUUCGCCAAAGAUAUGCCGAUGUCAAAUAUUAUAUCCAUGUCUCACUGAUUGAGGCAAAUGAGAUAUAAUCUUCCUUUGAUCAUCGCCUCCGUCACUAUGCUACUAAGCAGUUGAUAAAGUCAGGAGUCCGCCUUGUCCGUGAUGUUAAUCCUCAGAAGCUAAUUCUAAGUGACGGCUCAGAGGUUCCAUAUGGUCUAUUGGUUUGGUCUACAGGUGUUGGCCCUCACCUCUUGUGAAAUCUCUGGACCUCCCAAAAUCUCCAGGUGGAAGGUAAGUGGUCAUUUCUUGGCAUCUUAAAUAUCAUCUUUUUUUAUUUAGAAGGUACAAAUUACUGUAAACUCUAGUAGCAUUAUGCUUAGAUCUCCCAAGGAAGUACAUGUUUUCUAGAAACCAGCAUUUAUAUAGUGUCUUUGGAAAUGUUGUAAUUCCUCAAUAUGUAAUUUUCAAAAGAUGGAUUGUCAUUUGUAGUGUAUGUGGAAAAAUUCUUAAGAACUAAUAUUCUUAAAUGUGGGGGUUCCAAAAGUGAACUUAUCAUUUCACUGCUUUUCCUAUGGCAUAUCUCUUGCAUGGUAUAUGCUAUUAUGCUUUCUGAUUUAGUCUUCCUUCAGGAUGUAUAUCUUUCCCACAGUACACAACCGAUGUUGUUUUCGGUCAUACGGAUAUCAUUUAUGAAAUUUGUUUUUGUUUUUAUUAUCUUAGCGUCAUGGGAUUUCUUGACACUACCUGGCAUUGUAACUUGAACCUCAACCAUCUCCUCAUUAGCACCGCCAGUAGCGGUACUGCUGUCCUGUCCGCUCACCUCGAAAUCGUCUUCUUUCCGCCGUAAUUUAAAUAAAAUCACAGCUGCUACAGAAAGUAACAUUAUAGCCAAUGUUAUAAUCCCUGCACUUGUUGUCCUCUCAGCUUCAUUUUUCUUGGAAAUUGUAGAUUUGGCUGAUCGAAGUAACGCUGUGUGUGUUACUGUUGCUGCAGUUAAAGAAGCGGUUUACAUGCUUUUCUGAUCUUUUCGCUGCAAAUAUCAGAAUUUCCGGCAUAAUAACUCAGGAAUUUCUCUACCCGUAAGGAAUUUUUCUUUUUAGUUUAUUGUUAGAUACAUUAAACGUUUUCAACGUUGAUUUCACAAUAGGCGGAAUAUUACCCGUAAAUUUGUUGUUUUCGAGGUGUAAUUCGAGAAGAUUAGAAGCCUCAUGAAUGUAAUUUUGGCAGUGAAAUUUUUUGAGGGUGUGUUGAUUUUGCUAAAUUUUCGGUUCUUGAGUCUAAUUUUGUUGGUUUCUUCAUUAUUUUGUUUUUAGCAAGUGCAAGAGAUCCCUUCAAUUUGAGAGUGGAAUAAGAGAAGAAAGCAAAUUCUAUGGCUUGAAUUGGUUUGUCAGAAAUACCGUUGUAACCGUUUUUACUUGUAUUUACCAAAUCAACCUUUCUUACUUCCAAUCCAAGUUUUUUUCCUCUUGUAACAAAAAAAAAGUAAGCAUUUAAAAAUUAUUCAAGGGCAUUUCUGGUAAUUGACAAACAUUUGUAGUAUAUUUUGUUAUUGUCAGUGAAACUUGGUUAAUGCACUA